AUGAGCGAAAAUAAUCAAGAAUUUGUAGCAACCUUGGAAUCCUUCAGGGAUUUAAAAUCAGGGAUCUCUGGUUCACGUAUUAAAAAAUUGACAACUUACGCACUUGAUCAUGCUGAAGACGAAGAGACGUUGAUUUCUUUGAUUAUUAACUAUUCAAGGACUUGUUCUGCUUCCCAUAGGCUGGGAUCUUUAUACAUUAUAGAUUCUAUUGGUAGAGCCUUUCUGGACGAAGCUAGGGCAAACGAUGAUGUCAUUCAAUCAACAGCUAAAAUUGGUUCUUGUGCUCAUGCUGUUUAUACGCUUGGCGAAUCUAUCAAGGAUCUUUUAGCAGAUGGUAUUUCAAACAGUAAUGAAGAUCAUAGAGAGAAAAUUCGUACUUUAGUUGAUAUUUGGGAUAGAGCUGGGCUGUUCCCAAAAAGUUACCUGAAUGCUAUUAGGUCGAAAUAUUUCUCCAUGAACGCCGAGGAAGAAUCUAGUCACACUUCCGGUUCUUCCCAAGAUCAACUUUCUGAUGAUCCAAAUGAAAGAUGCGUACAAAUUCUGAACAAUUUAAAACCAUUGAAAUUCGUACCUAGAGUUCACUUGCCCACAACUUUGGAAUCCAAUGAUUUGGCUGAACAACAGGCAGCAUUAUUUCAAGUUCUAGUUUCUGUUCAGCAACAAUUUCAAGAACAAGAUGAGCUGCAACAUCAGCGAAAUUUCACAUCACUGCCGCAAAGAGAACCUGCUCAUCAGAGUCAUGUAACUACAGAAUAUGGCAGCAGACGUGAAAGGGAACGCGAACGUGAAAGAUACUCAAGUAGAAGAAAUAGAUCACGAUCACCAAGAAGAGAAACGGGUACAAGAAAUAGUAGUGGCGCUCACACAAAUUCAAAUGGUCCUUUAGGGACAAAUAAUCAUCACUUGUAUCCGGAUGAGCAAAAUGUUCCAUCGAAUUCUCAUUCUAGAUCCAAACCAGUUAGCUUUGAGGCUAAUCUACCACCUGAUCAUAUUAAAGUUUUUAGUCGUACUUUGUUUGUUGGCGGAGUACCAAUGAAUAUGAAAGAAUGGGACAUUGCUACAGUUUUAAGGCCCUACGCAGAGGUACAAAGCGUGAUUCUGAACAAUGCAAGAAAGCAUGCAUUUGUUAAAGUUUAUUCAAGAAGCGAGGCUGAAAACGUUUUACUCAACUUCAACAAAGAUGGCUCCUCUCCUUUAAGAACUCGUUGGGGUGUGGGAUUUGGUCCAAGGGAUUGUUGUGACUACCAACAUGGUUACAGUAUAAUUCCAUUACAUAGGCUAACUGAUGCUGAUAAGAAGUGGUGCGUUCAUGCACAAUGGGGUGGAACGGGCGGCCAACGCCUACAGGGCGGCGUCGUGUUUGAAGAGCCUGAUAUUAUAGUCGGGGAAGGCGUUUCUUCAAAGGCAAUUUCGCAGAAAAUGCCUACUGACUCUGGUAGAAACGGUCCAAGAUCAGGCAAAGCAGACAAAAACUCUGGUUCCACGCCGCCUAUGCCCACAUACAGAACAAACCAAGCGUCCAACACAAACGAAAUGUAUCCUCAGGUUCCACAACAGCCAUACCAACAACAAAUUCCGUAUCCUCAACAACCGCAACCUCAAACGGCAGGAUACUCGCAACCACAAGCAGCGCAGACUUCUUUUGAUGCUACUGCACAAUUAAACUCCCUGAUGAGCAUGCUGAAUCAACAGCAAAAUUGA